AUGAUGCGAGUGAUAGGCGCAAACCAGACAAUAUUUCCUGAAGUGGAUAUAUUUGUCGCCGUCACAACUGGCGUCUUAACUCUUCUGGGUGUCGUUGCCAAUGGACUGGUCCUUGUUGCAAUUGCAACAAAGAAGCGUCUUCACAAGCGAGCCAAUGCGCUUCUUUUUAGUCUUGCCCUUCUAGAUUUCUUAACGUGUGCCCUUAACGGUCCUUAUUCAAUCAUCACCUUCUACACGACCAUACCCUGGCCGAGCUUUACAGUCUGUCGUGGGAUGCUGACCUACGGCAUCGCAUCAUCACUGACUUCGUGUCUCUUUAGUGCCCUCAUCUCAGUCAACGGUCUCUGUGGCAUCAUGUCCAAGAGAGAAAGCGCUACGUGGAACCAAAUUCUCGUCGUCACCAUGACCAUUACGGGUUGGUUGGUUUUCAUCUCCGUUUCGUUGAUACCGCUCUUCUUUAUCCAUGGUUUCACCUUCCAACCUCGCCUCGGUGUUUGCUACGUCAACGGGAGUGACGAGACGCUCAGAUUCGCCGUCGCUGUCUUCUCAAUCACAGCCCUGUCCUGGCUGAUAUCGCUCAUCUGCUACGUCAAGAUUGUCAACAUAGUGCGUGUCUCUAACAAGCGAGUCGCCGGAGCGUCCAACGACGAGACCGUCCCGCCGGUCAACCGAAUCAACGCGCGGAACCGCCAUCUAAUCAACCUCGUACAAACUGUCUUUAUCACUUUCCUCUUCUACAUCAUCUUCUUCAUACCCCUCCUCAUCGUCGAAAUGCUCUACCGAGCCGACUUCGAGCCCCACUACCUGAUCUACAGGACAGUCUGUCUCUUUCUCUGGAGUAGCUCCGCCAUGAACCCUUACAUCUACAUGUAUAGACUGAAGGAUAUCCGUGAAGCCAUUACAAAAUUUAUCUUGAGAAUUUGGAACGGACUGUGUGCACGUUUUGCCACUUACGAUUAA